UUUAUUUUGUGCUGCAGGCUCCAAAAGCAGGAAAUCCCAGCCAGAACCGGAAACACCUGGGAAGCUGGUGAAAAUGGCUGAACUGGUCGAACUGCAUAAACUGAAGUUAGCUGAGCUGAAGCAGGAGUGUGCUAUUCGGGGACUGGAGGUUAAGGGCAACAAAGGAGAUCUGAUUGCCCGGCUGCAGGCGUACAUUGACGAACAUGAUGAUGAUGUCAAUGAGGAAGAAGUCUUAGAAGAGUUUACUGAGGAGGCAGCAGCACCUGAGACAGAAACUCCUGAAGAGUUACCUGCACCUGACACGGAGGCUGCAAAGAAAGUUAUAAAAAUCAACCUUUCGGAAUCGGCUUCUGAGAGAUUGCAGAAGAGAGCAGAACGCUUUAAUCUUCCUCCAAACCCGGAGAGCAAGAAGGCUGCACGUGCUGCAAGGUUUGGAAUGCCAGAAACAUCAGCACCCUCCAAAGGAACCUCUGCCAUUUCAAAAACGGAUGUUGACGUCGAGACCUUAAAGAAAAGAGCGGAGCGAUUUGGAAUGAGUGUCUCCUCUGUGUGCAAGAAGGUUGAAGAAGAUGAAAAGCUGAAGAAGAGAAAGGAGAGAUUUGGAAUUGUGACCAGUGCUGCCUCGGUUGGACCUGAUGAUUCAGAGGCAAAGAAGCGAAAGCGGGCGGAGCGGUUUGGAAAUGUGUGACUUUUUUUUUUUUUUUUUUUUUUUUGUGAGUUUUUCUUUUAACUUUUUGUAUUAUUUUUUUUUUAUCUUUCAGCUGUUGGAACAUGAUGUAUUUUUAGUUAUUCAAUGUGUCUCAAGUUCUGUACAAUAAACACCUGCCAAAUUUCUGCACA